CGCAUGUUUGAGGAGCCGGAAUGGGCCGAGGAGGUCCCCGAAGCCGCGCGCCUCGGCUCCGUCGCCUCGCGGCCUCAGAUCGCGGCAGCGCGGCCCGUCAAGGGCGCCAGGCGACGGCAACUCUUGGCUACAUUACAGGCCCUAAAGGCAGCAUCUCUUCCCCAGCAGUCCCCCGGCCUAUCUUGCAGUGACUCUGAGGAAGAAGAGGAGGUAGGCAAGAAGAAACACCAUAAAAGCUCCCAGUGUGCCAGCCCUUCCACUGCAGUUGAGAGGAAGAAAAAAAAGAAACGUCAGAAACUGGGUCCACCUGACAGGGUCACUGAGGAAGAGGAAGGGGAAAGGAAGAGGUGUCGAAAAAGUGCUCUUAUCAGUGAUUCUGCUGAAGAGAAAAAAGAGAAGAGAUACAAGAAACAGCCCCUGUCAGAUUCAGUUCAGCCCCUGAAUAAUGUUAACCAAACAGGACCCAAAACUUUGAAGAAUAGUGCUACAAGUGACCCAUCCACAUCCAAACCAAAUUCUGAGACCACUUCCCCUGAUACGCCUCACACUUUGAGUAGAAAACAGUGGCGGAACCGACAGAAGAAUAAGCGGAGACAGAAAAACAAGUUUCGACUGCCACAGUCAACUGACCAGGCUUCAGCCACAGCUUCCGCAGAGCAGACAGAGGUCCCUCCUGUCCCCAGUUCAGAUAACCAUGAUGCUCGGGCAGGGGCUUUGCGAGCCCGCAUGACACAGCGGCUGGAUGGUGCCCGAUUUCGCUACCUCAAUGAACAGCUCUAUUCAACACCCAGUAGUGCUGCCCAAAGCCUCUUUCAGGAAGACCCUGAAGCUUUUCUUCUCUACCACCGAGGCUUUCAGAACCAAGUCAAGAAGUGGCCACUACAUCCUGUGGACCGCAUUGCUAGGGAUCUUCGCCAACGGCCUGCAUCCCUGGUGGUGGCUGACUUUGGCUGCGGAGACUGUCGUCUGGCUUCUAGUGUCCGGAAUCCUGUUCACUGUUUUGACUUGGCUGCUCUAGACCCCAGGGUUACUGUGUGUGACAUGGCUGAGGUGCCUCUGGAGGAUGAGUCUAUAGAUGUGGCUGUGUUCUGUCUUUCACUGAUGGGAACCAAUAUCAGGGAUUUCCUAGAGGAGGCAAAUCGAGUACUGAAGCUAGGGGGUCUCCUUAAAGUGGCUGAGGUCAGCAGCCGCUUUGAAGAUGUUCGAUCUUUUCUUGGGGCUGUAACCAAAUUGGGUUUCAAGAUCAUCUUCAAGGAUCUGACCAACAGUUACUUCUUCUUGUUUGAUUUUCAAAAGACUGGACCCCCUCGGGUAGGACCCAAGGCUCAACUCGCAGGCCUAAAGCUUCAGCCGUGUCUCUACAAGCGUAGGUGACCUCUAGAACCCCUGUGAAAGGGGAAGCACAUAUUGAACUUGAGUCUCAGAACAUUGAAAUCUAUCCAGGCAAGCGGAAGCAG